UGAGCUCUCAAUCAGUCAGCUGAAAUCACCAGUGCAUCUGCCUUCGACUGGAGCUUAACUCAUACUCAUCAGGUGUCUUCUCAGGAAGGUUUUUCACUUGAUCGCCGCUAACAAUGUCUAAAGAGGGGGACAGACAGUCAGUUUUACGGACCACCAAGGUCCGCACCGCUCUGAAAGGAGACGCCAGCUGGAUCCAGAGACAACAGCAAGCUAAACUUGAGAUGGAGCAGGAGGAGGAGAAACCAUGGAUCGCUGAGGUGCGAGCAACCCGCUCAAAUGGUGUGUUUGAAGACACAGGGGCUGAUUCUUCCCCCACGGUUAAUGCGCCCCAGCCCACAUCCGACACAGAGAAACCAAAACCACCAUCUGGAUACAUGAUCAGAGGCGUUUUCAUAAAAACGGAUUCCAAGCCAACAUCAACUCCAUCCACCAAUGGAUAUGCUGGAGUAAAUAGCUUCACCAAAAAGCCAUCUGAUAGUUACAAGAAAAUAGCCCCUCACACGAUCCGGCCCAGCAAUGGAAAGACAGUGCUGUCUGAACCAGCUCUGGAUCCUGAAGAAAUGGAGAAGAGGACAGAGGCCGCCAUCAAUGUGCUGAAAAGUUCGGCGACAAAUCGCCGUUCGUACGUAAUGUCUGCGGCAAAGAAAUAUGGAUCUUCAGACAACCCAGACAUCUCUGAUGAGACGAGCACAUCCUUUGUUGCCAAAAGGGUAGUUAUUGGUGGUGAUGAUGAUGACACUACAGCAUCUGUUCAGCCUGUGUCUAAGCAAAGUGUUAAAUCGAGCAUUGAACAACUCACUGCACCAGUGGUGAAGGAGGUCAAGCCAGCAGCACCUGAAACUACACCUGCCCCUAAACCAGCGCUUGAAACAAAAACAGUGACUGAAACUAAACCUACACCACAAACUAAGACAGUAACUGAGACUAAACCCACAACUGAACCUAAACUAGUGGCUGAAACUAAAACAGUUGCCGAAACUAAACCUACAGCACAAACUACAACAGUCACUGUAACUAAACCCACUACUGAAGCUAAACCAGUUGCUGACACUAAACCAGUUGAAAUUAAACCAACAACAACAACUGAGGCUAAACUAGUGGAUGUAAUGAAACCUACAACACAAACUUCUACAUCAGAUCCUAAAGCAGUUGAACCAAAACCGACCACAAAAAUAAUGACAGCAACUGAAUCUAAACCAGCACUUGAAACUAAACCAACAACUCAGCUUGCAACAUCAACUGAUCCCAAACCCAUAUCAGAACCUAAACCAGUUGAAACUAAACCUACAACAACAACCAUACAUAAACCUCCAACUAUAACUAUAUCAGGACCUGAACCAGCAGCCGAACCAAAACCAGCAGCCGAAACUACACCAAUGACACAAACUAAACCAGCAGCCGAAACUAAACCAGCAGCCGAAACUACACCAACGACACAAACUAAAACAGCAGUCGAAACUAAAACAGCAGCCGAAACUAAACCAGCAGCCGAAAUUAAACCAGCAGCCGAAACUAAACCAACGACACAAACCAAACCAGCAGCCGAAACUAAACCAGCAGCCGAAACUAAAACAGCAGCUGAAACUAAACCAGUGACGAAAACAGCAGCUGAAUCCAAGCCGGAGCCGGUUCCAGAGAAAAGUGCCAAGAGCCUGAUUGAGCUGUCCGACUCCCUGAUGUCCUUCAACACAGAGCCUGCCAGUUCUGGAGUGGAUCUGCUCAGUCUGGAUCUGGACAACAGUCCUCUUCCUCAGACGAAGACGACACAGCACAGUCUGGAUCUGCUGGCGGACGAUCUGAUUCCCUUCAGCACUCACACCACCAGCUCAGUCGACGAGUUUGACCCCUUACCGGCGGACGGUGAGCCCACAAAGAGUCCUCAAUGGUACCGUCCUCCUGCACUGGACUCCAGUUCCACAGAUACAGCCAAUGAUGUUCAGAGACCUGUAGACUUGGUUUCUAAUAUGCAAAAAGAUGUUUUGGUUUCCUUGGCUGAAGAUGUCGUUCCAUUUGACCCUAAAAGCAGCGACUGGAGGACGGACAUGGACAGUAAUAAAACCAGCUCCAAAACGGUGGCGAGUUCGGCCCCGGAGAAGUCCCCCGAAGCGGACUCCAGGAAGGGGUUUGUCUUUGUGAAGCAGUAUGUGAAUAAUGAACCUGAUUUCAGCCGCUCCUCCGACUACGUGUCCUCCACAUCCUCCAGCUACAACUACAGCAGUCCCAGCAGCCACUACUCCAGUAGAGAUGUGACGCCAUGUACAUACUGUGGGGAACCGGUGGGAAACGAUGCCAAAAUCACCAUCGAACACCUGAACAUAUCCUGUCACCCGUCCUGCUUUAAGUGUGGGAUUUGCAGCAAACCAAUGGGAGAUCUGCUGUACAACAUGUUCCUCCACCGCGGGACGGUUCACUGCGAGAGCUGCUACUCCAACGUGCUGUAAAGAGAUCCACACACACACACACACACUCCUCACGACGCGCUUGUACGACUGUUUACUGACCCAACACAAGCUCCUCUUCCUCCUCCUCCUCCUCCCUGACACACGAGACACAAGCGGACACCGGAUACCUUCAGAACACGUUCAGCUCUUCUAGUGCUAGAAUAGUGGGAAUGCUGUUUUGGAUUUUUUUUAUUCUGUUCCUUUAAAUGUUUAGCCAUCAAGACAAUAAGAAUGCAUGUGUCGUCCUAUUUCUGUUUCGAAGAAGUGAUAUUAUUGAUGUAAUGAUUCAGUAACUGUUUCAUUCUGAAAAUAUGUAUCAGAAUUACUGUAAAGCAACGUUCUCAUGAAUAAAGUUGUAUUCUCAUUUUA